CAAUACCUCUACCUAUAUUGCAGAAAAAGAAGAAUGCAGUAAAAUGAUAAAUACAAAGCUAGAACUAUCACAAUAAUCUCUCAUAUCCUUUAAUAAUAAAAUCAAGUCAUAAUUAUACUAUUACUCAACCAAAAACAAUACCUCCACCUAUAUUGCAUAAACGCGAACAAGCCACAAAUCGACUAACAAAUUGCACAAUCUUCAAAACAAUGCUAAAAUAAAUCUAAUCUUCUUUUUCCCACCAAGUAAUUAUCUAAUUACCAGCAAAAUAAUUUCCCAAAGCUACCUUUCAACAAGAAAUCAAAUCCAAAUAAAGCGUCCGAAAUGCAAUCACAAAGGAAGCAUCCGGUUAGUUAGCGAGCCUGUCAUCGAGUUCAAAACCACCGUGUUUCGACGACGAUGCCAAAUUAUCGGGGUCGAAAAUGAUCGUGUGCGACGUUCGAAGAUGUAACGCUUAUUAAAAUCAAAGGAUUUAUAAGGAACAUUCCAGAGGACGGAGUCCUCAGUUGCUUGAACUCGAAUGUGAAGAGAUUCUGUUUAAUUGUGGUAUUCUGUGCUGAGGGAAAAUGAAGAAGCUGCUGCUUUUGGUGGCGAUGUUGGUCUCUGUGGCUUUCAACCCGGUGAACGGUAUAACCCAAGAGCAAAUGGAGAAGAUGGCGAAAGGAAUGCGAACCACAUGUCUGCAGAAAAUCGACACGACAGAAGAGUUAGUAGCAGGAAUCAGAAGAGGUGAAUUCCCAGACGACCCGAAUCUCAAGUGUUACACGCAUUGCAUCAUGAAGAUAAUGAGAAGUUUUAAAAACGGAGGUAUCGACUUCGCGAUGAUCAAAAAGCAAAUCGACAUGUCGAUGCCAGAAGAUUUGGCAGUUCGAAUGAAAGACGGUGUAAACGCCUGUUCUAAAAAUGAGUACACCGGCGAUCAAUGUGACAUAGCAUACAAAUACGUACAAUGCGUUUACGAACAGGCUCCAGACAUAUUUUUCUUUCAAGGGCGAUUCCGAGUGGCACGGAUAAGCUCCGUUCGUAUUUCGAAGAAGAAACGAGAGUGUGAGAAGAAGAAAUUUAACGGAGAGGUGAAAGGUGAAGAAAGAAUGAAAGGGUACAGUGUUGUAUUACUGGUCGCCUUGAUGAUGGUGCUGCUGAGCAUCAAGGACACAGAAAGCAAAAAAAUGACAAUCGAGGAAGCAAAGAAGUCGGUUAAAAAUCUGAGGAAAACAUGCAGCAAGAAGACCGAUGCACCGAAAGAAUUAUUGGACGGCCAACACAAGGGAGAAUUUCCAAAGGAGGAAAGUCUGAUGUGUUACCUCAGAUGCAUUUUGACUGCGACGAAAUUCAUGAAGAACGACGUAAUGAAUUGGGAAUUCUUCGCUAAAAGUUCUCGAGUGAUGUUGCUGGAGGAAUACGUACCACGAGUCGACCACAUAAUUGAAGUGUGCGAACCACAAGCCACAUCCACAGAUGGCUGCGAGCUAGCGUGGCAAAUUGCAAAAUGCAUUUGGGAAACGGACUCGGAGGUGAUUUUUCGAUAUAGUACACUCUUCUCGUAUAGCCAUCUUCACACAUAUAGCCACCUUCUCCUCAUAUACACAUUUUACACUAUUUUAUCGAAUCAUGUUACUAAUACAUUAUCGUUCACAAUACAAUACUAG